CCAAAAUACCUCUCUCGCUCUCACAAAGGUAACUACCAUACAUCAAUUUCAAGUCAUGGCUCUCCCUUUAUCCUCUUCCAUUAUCAACUCUCACAAGCUCUCUGUCACUGUCUCAAUUCAAAAGCACCAUUUUUUCUCUACCCAUUUCGCAUUUCGUCUCGAUCAAGGCCGUGGCCACGUCACAGCAACAGCCAGACAUGGCGGCCACAUUAGAGUUCGCUGCAAGUCUACACAGAAUUAUGCAAAGGAUGUGGCUUACAGGCAAGGUUUUCCUACUAAUUUAUACACAUCAAUUAUUAAGCAUGGAAUGAAGAAACUUGAGAGGCUGAUUGCCGUGAUUCUUAUUGUCGUGCAAAUUGCUUCACCACUACCUCUGGUUGAUUGGGACUUUUGGUCAAUUUCUCCAGCAGAAGGAGUGCUUUAUUCUCCAGACACCAAGGUCCCAAGAACUGGGGAACUUGCUCUGAGAAGGGCUAUCCCUGCAAACACAAAUAUGAAGGCUAUACAGACUUCUCUGGAGGAUAUUUCAUUCUUACUAAGGAUUCCACAGAGAAAGCCUUAUGGAACCAUGGAAGGGAAUGUGAAGAAAGCACUAAAAGUAUGCGCUGCAUUGUUUCAAUACAAUAUAGCAAAAGAUGAAAAAGAUUCUAUUUUGGCAAGUAUACCAGCAGAUUUGAAGGAAAAGGGGUCUGAAUUGUAUGCAUCUCUCAUUGACGGAAAGGGUGGCUUGCAAGCACUCCUUCAAUGUAUUAAGGACCAGGACCCGGAUAAAGUUUCUGUUGGGCUUGCUUCUUCACUGGAUACUGUUGCAGAGCUUGAAUUGCUGCAGGCCCCUGGAUUGUCAUUUUUGUUGCCCGAGCAAUACUUGAAAUAUCCAAGACUAACAGGAAGAGGAACUGUAGAAUUUACCAUUGAGAAAGGAGACGGUUCCACAUUUUCCCCUGAAGCUGGUGGGGAACCAAGGAAGACUGCAAAAAUUCAGGUUGUUCUAGAUGGAUAUUCAGCACCUUUAACCACCGGGAAUUUUGCAAAACUGGUAAUUGAUGGGGCCUACAAUGGGACAAAACUCAGUUGCACUGACCAAGCUGUUCUCACAGACAAUGGGAAUGAUAAGAGCGCUGGUUACAGUGUUCCACUGGAAAUAAUGCCAUCAGGACAGUUUGAGCCCUUGUACCGAACAACAUUAAGCGUACAGGAUGGGGAAUUACCGGUGCUUCCACUCUCUGUUUAUGGAGCAGUUGCAAUGGCUCACAGUGAGGUUUCUGAUGAGUACUCGGCGCCCUAUCAGUUUUUCUUCUAUCUGUAUGAUAAAAGAAAUGCUGGCUUAGGAGGUUUAUCCUUUGAUGAAGGACAAUUUUCAGUUUUUGGAUAUUCAACUACUGGGAGAGACAUCCUUUCACAGAUAAAAACUGGGGAUGUAAUCCAAUCUGCGAAGCUAGUGGAAGGUCAAGAUCGCCUUUUAUUGCCAAAUGAGAGCUGAUAUUUCUCUUUCCACAGAAGGAAUGCCUUUCAUUCUUUCUAUUUCUUGCAUUUCUAAAUUCAAUCAGCCCGAUUUUCUUGGUUGAGAUUCCGUUAAAGAUUUUUCUUUUAAUCUGUCUAUUAUGACAGUUUCAUAAUUGCAUUUGAAAAUUUAUAUUUGCUAAGGACACUGCUAUUUGGCCGUGGAUACAGCUUCAUAUGAGUCUGCUCUAUUAUGUUCCUUUAAGCCUAUUUCUGUCACAAAAUAUUUGAGAAAAAAAGAGAAAAUAAAUAAUUACUGUAUUGCAA